GCCGCAGCUCAAACGCGUCCAUGGUCCAUCCGCCACGCCAGUGUUCAGGUCGUGGCGAUGACUUUUCACUGACAACGCUUUCGAUCAAAGUGAUAUAUUCUCCAAGACCCAAUAAAAGGAUUCAACAGGAUACCUCAAGACUCAGACUUAAACGAAAAACCACUUUCACCACUUAUCAACCACCACUUCAUUCUCGAUUCACUAUGGUCAAGUACGAUGAGCUUACAAAGAUGGGUGAGGCCUCUGUCGUGAUGAACGGCGAGACUGUCCGCAAAGGUUCCUUCUACGUCGGAAUGGUGAACGGUGUUGCUUUUGAGAAGCUUGCCGAAGACCCUCCUGCCCACGCUGGGGAACUGGCCGACGUUAUCAUUGCUGAUAUCGAUAAGCUUCCCCUUGUCAACGCCGGUGCCUUCGAAUUUUUCACCCCCGUAGAGUGGCUUGCCAAUGGUGGAGAGGGACGCAGCUUGAUCUGCCUUGUAUACCUUCGACGUGUCCCUGAAGCUAUCACCCCUGAAGUCCAACAGGCUCUGAACGCUCGGGCAAAGAGGGGCACAUCAUUGUUCCGUCAAACCGUCAAGAAGGUCCUGAACAACCCUUCUUGGUACGAGUACUAGAUAGAGAUCGUAAUAGAGCUGUUGCGAGGCGACGAUCUUGAAGAGAGGCAUUGUACCUAUUGGCUGUAAUCCUUGCAUUUAUCAUUAAGUUAUCAUUAUCACUCCUGUCCUCGGAGAAAAUAUAUAUUUUCUUCCCAUUUCCUUGAUUAAGAUCAUCUCCUGGACGUCUUACCUUCGACUUACCACAGUGACAUGGGUGAGACUCUCGGAAUACAGUAGGAGCUUUAACCCAAAAAAAAAAAAAAAAAAAA